AUGGACUCGAAAAGACUUCGUCACAAGGCAUUGAGAGAUGCUUGUCAGGCGGAACUUUCGAAACAAACCCGAUUUUUAGAUAAAUGGCAAACAGUCAACGAGAAAACCCUAAGCCAGGAGGAGGAAACGAUGAGGAGACAACUGGAACGUUUGCAGAAGGACAAGGCAAGAUUCUCAUUGGAAAAUGAAAUGAAGGAGCAGUAUAGAGGAAAAAGGAGAUUUUCGGAAUAUGACAGUCAUAAUGAACAGAUGAUACGAAGAAGCAGUUUUUCCUCUUACUUGCCAAAGAUAGCAGACAAAAGUAGUUUCCAUUCAAACGAGGCACUUCUGAAUCAGCCGAGAAGCCACCGACAGCUGAAAAUAGAAUCUGAAGCCCUAGCACAAGCAUCCCAAAAUUCACUCCAAGGGGUUCCGAAAGACUCAGUGACGAAAUUUCCGAAGAUUCAUAAACAUGACAAGCACCACUUAACCAAAGAGCGGAGAAAAUCUAUGCCUGCAGGGCAUGUCUACCCCCGAAAAGAAAAGCAACAGUUGAGCGAAAAAGGGAAGAAAAAACACAGUACAAUGCCGAUGAUUAUUGUGACGGAUAUGACAAGUAGUCCGGCAGAGGACCAGGUUGUAUUAUUUCAAGAUGACCGAGUCAACAGUCAAAGCGAGGCUCUAGGUAGCAAACAUGCACUCGAUAAAAACCGCCAAAGCUCAGAGAGGCGUGUCAGUCUACAUGACCAGGAUAGACAUGACUUUAGAGGGAGUCAAAAACGCCUAGAUCGGCAACAGCACAAAAGUAACGACUCGUUGGCGAGAGGGAGCCACCAGUACAUUGAUCACCAUGAUCACGUGAACGAAACAGAGGAACUGACGUCACUGUACGAUAUGGCAAUACAGACGGUAGCUUCUGCACACGAAUCUGCCUUUACCCAAGUCCAAGAUGUUCAUAGGCGCUCCAUACCAAACUGGAAGGACGACACUAAAUUCCCAGAUGCAAAACAGAUGGACCUGUCAUCUCUACAGGAACUAGAGACCAUGUUAAAGGAUGCUCGCCAGUACAAUACAAGAAAACAGAGGGAAGGCGACUAUGGUCUACAUACUGCUGAGAACCGACAGCAACGCCGCCGACUUCAGUUCCUGGAGGAGAUUUUACAGGCGCUAAGUGGCGAGCACGUUGUUGAAUUUGAUCCCAUGGAGAUGCUGCAGUGCGGUUACCUGAGGUUGUCAAAGUCCAACAUAGACCGACUCGAGCAUAUGGUCCGCGAUUUAGGUAUUGAUCCGGGUAUUCAUGCGCACAGUGACGUCUCAGAUCACGAUAUCUGGCAGGAACUGCGGGAAUUACGUCAGAACGAGGCUUUGGAGCGUGAACGGGAGCGAGAACAAUAUCAGAAAGAGGCUCAUGGGAGAAGAAGCAGACAAAGCAUGAGGAGAGUUUCUUCUGAUAUCAAGCAGCAAGUGCCCAUACACAUGCCAUCUUCAGUCUGUUCAGAUACAUCAGCGUGUUGUGAACUGAACUUUACCUGUGAAUUUUUAGCACAGAACAGCCAUAUGCGGCGAAGGACGAAAAUCAGCUACGAAUGGACAGGUAUAUCGAGGAUGAUGUGUCCGAUUGUGGUAACUGAAGGCUCUCCAUACCAUCACGCUGCCGCCAUCCCAUAUGUUAUCCCGCAGGACACAACAAUCGGCGUAACGUUCGUUACGUCGACGCCACACACGCAAUCGGCCAUCAGCAUGGGAAAAAUGGAAUCAAGACUCAUCUGA